CAAGUCGGGUCUAUUAGCCCAUGGCAUAAUGUCCGAACACAGAGAUUAGGGCUUUAUAUUUCACCCGCUAUAUAAACUCGACCAUACCUCACUUCAUUCCUGCUCUCAGCCCUCUAUCGUUUAAUUGCAGGUUCCAUCAAACGCCGUCGUCAUGGUUAAGUACUCAAAAGAGCCUGAUAACCCUACCAAGUCUACCAAGGCUCGUGGUGCUGACCUCAGAGUUCAUUUCAAGAACACUAGGGAAACUGCCUUUGCCAUCAGGAAGUUGCCCUUGACCAAGGCUAAAAGGUACUUGGAAGACGUUCUUGCACACAAACAGGCCAUUCCAUUCAGACGUUUCUGUCGUGGUGUUGGGAGGACAGCUCAAGCCAAGAAUAGACACUCAAAUGGACAAGGAAGGUGGCCAGUCAAGUCAGCAAAGUUUAUCCUGGAUUUGCUGAAGAAUGCAGAGAGUAAUGCUGAAGUCAAAGGUUUGGAUGUUGAUGCUCUAUAUGUUUCACAUAUCCAAGUCAAUCAAGCACAGAAGCAAAGACGCAGAACAUACAGAGCCCAUGGAAGAAUCAACCCUUACAUGUCAUCUCCUUGCCACAUUGAGUUGAUUUUAUCCGAAAAGGAAGAGGCAGUUCAGAAAGAGCCGGAGACCCAGUUGGCAGCAAGCAAGAAGAGGGCUUAAACUCUAGGAAUUUUAUUGCUGCAUUGUACUCUUAGGUCUUGUCACAGUUUUGUUAUGUUUAUUUUUCUGAUUCUAUUUAAGAGAUAUUGCAAAAUUAUGUUCUAUUUUAUACUGAAUUUGGAAAGUUAACUUUUUAUUCAAUUGCCAAACAUGAUUCACCGGA